AUGUCGAUGGUAAGCGCUGCAGUCUCCCGGAGGUGCAUUCAGCACAACCCGUACAACACGCAGGUGCUUGAUGUCCGGACUGAUGGCAUCAGUGUGGCUGCCAUUGAAUUCUUUAAAAGCGCCUCAAAGAUGGAGGAAAGCACUUUAUCCCCAUCUCAAAAGAGUCUUGAAAUGAUGGAUGUAAAUGAGCGCAUGACGUGCACAGAAGGUGGGGGUGGGAUAUCGGACAAUGGCACAGAUGAGGUCAGCCGCACGAUAUCGUUAUCACAAACACCAGCAAUUGCUUUUGCGAUGCAACCCACGCCUGUUUUACCUCUCGUCCGGUACGCCUCUGUGAACUUUCGGUUUGGCAGCGCUUGGUUCGUCGCACCUUUCCGCACUGCUGUUGGUGAGAUGGUGGUUGUGGAGUACCCGCACAAUAAAAGCCUGCAUAUGGGUCUUGUCAGUUGCAUCUCCACGCGGGUCCCUUCCACCUUUUCCGCCAUGGCGAAUUCGGACGGUGUCAUCAGUAAGGAUGAUAUCCAGCAGUGUCCGAGACUUUUGCGCCACGCCCGUGACAUUGACAAGCAAACAAAGAUGGAGCUGCGCUCGCAUGAUUUUGCUUCGCUGGAAAAUGCCCAGGCGCUCGCGUUGGAAAUGGGAACGCCUGUGACAUUUUUAGAUGCGGAAUGGCUGCUUGACCUGACGGCUGUGACUUUUCUUGUAAAUGUCUGGGGCGACAUGUCGCUUGUGGACCGCCUCGCCGAUGAGUUGGCGGCGUUUGAGGGGUCAGAGGUUGUCUUCACCUACCCAGCAGUGAACUGA